AUGAAAUUCGUUGCUCUUACCAUAGUUGCGCUAAUGAUUGCCGGUAUUGGUGCCACCGAUGUUAAGCAAUGCAAAAAAGGACAACCCUUACCCCUUAGUGUGGAAGUAGUGGGAUGUGAGAACAUGCCUUGUGACGUUGUCAAGGGUACCACAGCCGUUAUGUAUGUCCAUUUCGUUGGAACCAAGGAUAACAUUCGUGAAUUGAAUGCCGUUGUCCAUGCCACCACCUUGGGCAUCACUGUGCCCUAUGAAUUACCCAAAGAGGUGGCCAGUGUUUGUGAUAAUCUUAUGUAUGGUGCCACCUGUCCCAUCGAUAAGACCGAAGAUGUCGUCUACGCUUUUAACUUCUAUGUUGAAUCUUCAUAUCCUGAGAUUUCCGUUGCUGUCCAAGUUUCUUUGGAAGAUGCCGAAGGCGAUUCUAUUGCUUGCUUUGUCUGCAACAUUAAGGUGAAGAAGGGUGCCACAAAACCUUUAUUAUUGGAAUAA